GGAAGUCGUUCGGGAUCUACUAAUGAUUCUCGUAGUACUACUGCGAAAACAUCGCGCCGCCUUCGUUCCGCUUCCUUUUCACGACGUGCUUUCCAAAAUGCAGAAGAAACAAAAGGAACCGAUCCAGUCCGUGCAAGUCUUCGGACGCAAAAAAAGCGCAACUGCGGUUGCAUAUUGUAAACGAGGACGUGGGAACCUCCGCGUAAAUGGACGUCCUUUGGAAUUAGUCGAGCCGCGCGUUCUUCAGUAUAAAUUACAGGAACCCAUUUUACUGCUUGGCAAAGAAAAAUUUGCUGGAGUUGAUAUCAGGGUCAGAGUAAAUGGCGGUGGACAUGUUGCACAAAUCUAUGCUAUCCGUCAAGCUAUUUCCAAAGCUUUGGUUGCAUAUUACCAAAAGUAUGUUGAUGAAGCUAGUAAAAAGGAAGUAAAAGAUAUUCUUAUUCAGUAUGACCGUACCCUCUUGGUAGCUGAUCCAAGGCGAUGCGAACCGAAGAAGUUUGGUGGUCCAGGUGCGAGAGCACGGUACCAGAAAUCUUACCGUUAAUUUCUGUACAUUUCACACUACACUUUAUUCAUAUUAUUGAAUAAAAAAUUUGAAAACCGA